GGCGGCGUCGGCACCCAGCACCUGCCACCGGUGGGGACUCACUUUUGCGGAACAGAAAACCAGAGUUGCUCGCUAGGGCCAGUUCACCGAGGCUGAAGUCUGUAAGCCUGGAAAGACCUUCAGCAGUAAUUUGCAAAUUCCAAAAUGACUACUCUGCCCCCACUACCCAUGACACGUCCAAAGCUUAUGGACUUAGCCAGGCAGAAGCUACCAUGCUCCUCAGGAUCAAUUCCAAGUUCUCAAUUGAUCAAAGAAAAAGAAGACAUAGAUCAUUACGUGGAGGUGAAUUUCAAAGGAUUGUCAAAAGAGGAGGUUGCUGCCUACAGGAACUCGUACAUGAAGAACAUCUGCGUGGACAUGCUGCGGGACGGCUAUCACAAGUCCUUCACCGAGCUCUUUGCGCUGAUGAAGCAGUGGGAGACCCUGAGGGUGGCCGCACGGCGCAGGUCCAUCUUCUGGCUGCAGAAGCCUCUGGAGGACCAGCCAGAUAAACUGGAUUACUUCUACUACCACCUUACCAGGGCCGAGGCCGCCGAGAGGAAAGGAUACUUUGAAGAGGUAUAUAAUAACUUGUACGCUCUGGCCUGUUUCUUCGAUAACGCUGAAGACAAGUGGGUAAGGAACCACUUCUAUGAACGAUGUUUUCAGAUUGCGCAGUUGAUCAAAAUCGACGGUGGGAGGAAAGAGGCCGAGGCGCAUGCGCACAUGGGCCUUUUCUACGAGGAAGAGGGUCAGCUUCUGGAAGCCGCUGAGCAUUAUGAGGCAUUCCAUCAAUUGACGCAGGGGCGGAUAUGGAAGGAUGAGACAGACCGCUUUCUCAACUUGUGGGCCUGCGAAAGUCUCCUGAGGACUUACAGAUUACUCUCAGAAAAAAUGCUGGAGAAUAAAGAAUACAAACAGGCCAUCAAAAUUCUAAUAAAAGCUUCUGAAAUAGCCAAAGAAGGAAAUAACAAGAAGAUGGAAGGAGAAGCUUUGUAUUACCUGGGCUUAGCACACCUGGCUGCUGAGGAACAGGAUACUGCAAUGGCAGUCCUCAAUGCUUACAGCAAAAUCUCUACAGACCUGAAUGAUGAUCUCAGCCUGGGCAAAGCCUACGAAGCCAUCGCCAAGGUCCUACAGAGCCAAGGACAGAUGACAGAAGCAAUUCAAUACUUGAAAAAAGUUGUGAACCUUACAAAAAACAAUUUUCAAAGCCUGGACGUCGUGAAAGCGAGUACAAUGCUUGGGGACAUCUAUAACGAAAAAGGACAUUACAAAAAAGCUUCUGAGUACUUUCAGCAAGCUUUUGACACAACAAUAGAACUAAUGAACUUGUCUCUGCUGGAUGAAACCAAAGUUCAUUAUGGGAUAGCAAAAGCCCAUAGGAUGAUGCUGACAAUGAAUAAUUAUAUAGAAACUGCAGAUCUCACCAGCCUCAACCACCUGCUGUCCUGGAAGGAGCGGAGAAGUGACAUUGAUCUUGAUCAGGUUGUUGGAGCGUCUAGAGGAUCCGCAACAGAAAACAUGGCUCAAAACUCAGAACAUUCAGAAGAACUCACCAGAUCUCCAGAUAAUCAAAAAAAAGAAACUGAAAGCAGCAUUUGACUCAACAUCAAAGCAGGAAGAAAUUUAUCAUGUCACUUGAGACUUCAUUCCUAUAGUAGGAGCAUGUUACAAAUAAUAUAGAGUUAAAUGAAACUGACUAUGACUAUGUUUUUAUUGGAUUUUUGUGUUAUAGUACUACAAAUUUAGCCUAAAACAUCUAAAUCCAUGAAAAUAAAAUAUAUCCUAAAUGCUUAGAAAGAUCAACUAUUAUCCAUAACAUAAACUGUAAAAAUUACAGUUAAUCGUGUUACCCAUUACUCCACAGGAAAUAGUGAUAUAAUAGAAUCAAAAUGUAAUUGUUUCUGAUGAGAAAAUAAUUGCAAGCUUAAGGAAAUCUUUCACACUGAAUAAAUGCAAGAUAAUAUUUACUAAAAUUCCAGGGAAACUUUCCAAAAUAGUUAAACAUAUUAUACAAGAAAGAUGAUUGUGUUGAAAAGUAAUGUUCAGUUUACUAUGUAAAAGUAUAUUUUAUACUUUUAGCUGAUAGUACAUAACCUGACUUAUCCAUGUUAAUUUUAAAAAUUUAAGAAAAUCCUCAAUCUUAGGACCCUUCUCUAAUGUGUCUUUCAAAUGAAAAGACAUGACUGAAAUUGUUGUUUGUAUAACUUCUGGAGACCUGCAGGUCCAUGAAUGUAGUACAUUAUCAAGAAUAAAGAUGUU